GGGACAGUGUCCGGGGUCCCGAGGCGCGGCUGCGCAUCCGCCACGUCAGCCCUCCACGCGCCCCUGCCUGUCUAGGGGCUCCAGGGCUGGGAGAAAGAUUGUAGCAGCUGGUGCCCGCCCCACCCCCUCCGAGCCCAGCGGGAGGAGGGGAGAGGGGGAGGGAAGUGGUACAGCGCCCCCCCCCCCCGAGGAGUUUCCAUUUUUCUGGGGAUGGCAUGAAUGGUGGUCGGGGCUAUGCCUUGGACGGGGUAGGGGAUGGAGCGCUGGACCUGGCAUAAGGAUGACCGAAGCCCAAAUCCAGCCUCAGACCCUGGAGAAGUCUCUGCCCCAAUCUCCUCAUCUGUGUGAUGGGCGAGGACCGAAGGAGCUGGAGAUAUAAAUCCAUAUCGAUAUCUGUGAUUUCAGAUACAAUGGAUCUUCUUUUCAGAAUAAGGGGAGGCCUGGAUCUAGCAUUUCAGCUAGCUGCUACUGAUGAUAUUUCUACGAAAAAGGCAUUAAAAUAUGUAUUGAGUGACCUUUCAACCAAACUUUCAUCAAAUGCCCUCGUGUUCAAAAUUUGCCACAGUUCAGUGUACCUAUGGCCCAACAGCAACUUGAACACAGUUCCAGCAGAACUAACCGACAAUUCUGCUUGCAAGGAAAUACUACGCUUUAUUCAAUUUAACCAAGAAGAGGAUACAAAGCGAAAAUUCACCAAGAAGAAAGAUAAAAAGUCACAAGGACAGCUUCAGAUAAUAAAUAUAGAUCUCAUGCUGGAAAUGUCAACUUCUCUAGCUGCUGUAGCUCCCAUCAUUGAACGAGAGAGCGGAGGUCACCAUUAUGUUAACAUGACUUUACCGGUGGAUACUAUUGUAUCUGCAGAUCCAGAAGAGUCAUGGGGAAUAGUUCGAGGUCGUCUAGUCAAUUCAAUUCACAAUCAGCUAACUGAUAUGGAGAAAUGCCUUUUGAAAUACAUGAAAGGAACAUCUAUAGUAGUCCCUGAGCCACUGCACUUUUUGUUACCAGGAGAGAAAAAUCUUGUAACAAUCUCUUAUCCAUCAGGAGUUCCAGAUGGUCAGCUACAAUCUUAUAGAAAGGAAUUGCAUGACCUCUACCACCUGCCUCAUGAUAGACCUUAUUUCAGAAGAGCUAAUGCAUAUCACUUUCCAGAUGAACCAUAUAAAGAUGGGUAUAUCAGGAAUCCACAUAGUUACUUAAAUCCACUGGGAGCAGAGUCUGGUGUGAUUUCCACAGUCCAGGGCAUAUAUGGUUAUCAUCAUUACAUGCAGGAUCGGAUAGAUGACAGCGGCUGGGGCUGUGCUUAUCGCUCUCUCCAGACUCUUUGCUCUUGGUUUAGACACCAAGGUUACACCGACAGGUCCAUUCCCACCCAUCAGGAGAUUCAGCAGGCUCUUGUUGAUGUGGGAGACAAACCAGCAACAUUUGUUGGGUCACGACAAUGGAUUGGUUCUAUUGAGGUACAGCUAGUUCUGAACCAUCUGAUGGGAAUUACUUCAAAAAUACUGUUUGUCAGCCAAGGUUCUGAAUUAUCUUCUCAAGGAAGGGAGCUUGCCAAUCAUUUCCAGAGUGAAGGAACCCCAGUGAUGAUCGGAGGAGGAGUCUUGGCUCAUACGAUAUUAGGAGUGGCGUGGAAUGAGAUGACAGGGCAGGUAAAAUACCUGAUUCUAGAUCCCCAUUACACUGGACCAGAGGACCUGCAAGCCAUCAUAGAAAAGGGUUAUUGUGGAUGGAAGGGUGCAGAAUUUUGGAAAAAGGAUACCUACUAUAAUCUAUGCCUUCCUCAGCGACCAAAGACUAUUUGAAGAAUCUUGAGUAGAACCAGUAUUUAUUUAUAACAGAGUGUAGGAUGCAUGAUAAUGAUAUAAAAAUAAAGCACAGACUUCAUACAAAAACAAACAGGUAGGCAAAUGUAUAUAUAGUAGCGAUUUCAAAUGCAAGCACAUCCCAUGUGCAAAAUACUCUGGUUAACAAUAAACUGUAUUCCUGCUACAAUAAUUGAAGAAUGAUUAAAGCUGAUUUUUCUUCAUUA